CCUACCGCAGCCACUCCCAAAAUGCCCAGAUUUAACAUAAAAUCCCACCAAGAAACUUUAAGGCUUUUCAAUGGUUUAAAGCCUUGUUUUUUUAACCGGGGGCUCUAGGCGAAGGCGCUAACUGUUGCGUCACCCCUUACCUCCCCAGUCCCGUAGUCGGUGGCCGUAGGGGCAGUCAGACUGUUCACAAAAGGGCGGUCCACUUCUGGCGGUCGUCGGCCACUCUAGUCAGAUGAGACAUAGCGAGAACCAAAGAGCAUUUGGGAGUCAAACCCUUUAAAAAAUCCGCUUUGAAACAUGACAGAACAGCUGACAGAAAAGAUCAAACCGCACUUCUACCGUGAGGAGCUGAACCAGACGAUAUGGGAGAUCCCAGAGCGCUAUCAGAAUCUGACACCGAUCGGCUCAGGGGCGUAUGGACAGGUUUGCUCAGCGUUUGAUCAGCAGUCACAGCACAAUGUGGCGAUAAAGAAGCUUGCCAGACCAUUCCAGUCGGAGAUCCAUGCCAAACGCAGCUACCGCGAGCUCAGGCUGCUCAAGCACAUGGAACACGAAAAUGUGAUUGGACUGUUGAAUGUUAUGACCCCUACUCUGACAUUCGAAGAUUUCCAGGAUGUGUACCUAGUGACACCCCUGAUGGGUGCAGACCUGAACAACAUCGUGAAGUGUCAGAAGCUGACAGACGACCAUGUACAGUUCAUUGUCUACCAACUGCUCAGAGGACUCAAGUACAUUCACUCGGCUGGGAUCAUUCACAAAGUAAGUAUUCCAUUUGAUGUUAGUUUGAUGAAAACUAAUGAAAUUUUAUCUGAAUUCAUCAUAGAGAAUAUUCCGAGUACAGUAGACUUUAUAGAUAAUUAUCAUAUAGCCAGGCGCCGCGGACCAAUCAGAAGGCCCCGUUCAAUGUUGCUUAUGACGCAGUGUGUUUGUGGGGAAAGGGAGGUGGGGAGGGGGGCAGCAGAAAUCAUGCUGAACUGGAUGCACUACAACAAAACAGUUGACAUCUGGUCUGUAGGAUGCAUCAUGGCUGAGCUGCUGAUGGGGAAAGCCCUCUUUCCAGGAACCGAUCACAUUGAUCAGUUGAAGAGAAUCAUGGAGCUGGUGGGAAAGCCCGAUCAAGAAUUCCUGCAAAAAAUCAGCUCGGAGUCUGCACGAAUCUACGUGGAGUCGCUCCCCAAGUGGCAGAAGAAGGACUUCCGUGGGUACUUUAGCGGAGCGAAUCCGGACGCUGUUGACCUGUUGGACAAGAUGCUGAUCUUGGACACAGACAAGCGACUGACAGCAGAGCAGGCCCUGGAGCACCCGUACAUGCGGCAUUACCACAACCCCACCGACGAGCCGACCGCAGCCGCAUACGACGACUCCUUUGAGAAGAAGGAACUGAACAUUGCGGAGUGGAGAAAGCUGAUGUACGAGGAGGUGGAGGGUCCAGCAGCUGCAGGGGAGGGUCUGGGGCCGGAGGCUAUGAAGCAAUGACUCCCUACAACAAACAUAUCAACUCUAUAUUAUGGUGUCCUUUUGUAUUUAUUCAUUUUUCAUUAAGAUAGGCAAAAAUAUACAGACAUUACAAACACAAAGAAAUGGAGCCUCCCUUUGCGGAUGUGUUACAGAGAAAAUUGAUAAAUGAUAACAUGGUGUGGUAAAAAAAAAAAUGCAACUUAAGUGUUACAUAAAGAUCGCCAGUUACCCCGGUGCCUCUCCAAGACGCAACAAAAUAUUCUGUCUUUUCAUAAAAUAAUACAUGUGAGUACUAGCUUUUGGAAGGAGUUGAAAUUUAACCUUUUAGAAGUUCUUGACAAAAAAAUAAAAAUUUUGCCUGAUAAAGUUGUACUAUUUGCUACA